AUGGCGGCGCCCAGUGGCGCCAUGAGCGAGUCGAACAGCAGCAGCAGCUGCGAAGAGGAGGAGCUGGCGCGAUGCCGCGAGGCAGCGAUGCCGGCCUGGGGCUUCGAGCAGCGCUCGAGGGGGGCGGAGAAGCAGAGAGCCGACCCUGCAAAGAACCAGUUGCCAACCUCCCAGCCAAGCCUCAGACACAAGGUGGACGAGCAUGAGCAAGAUGGCAACGAGCUUCAGACCACCCCCGAGUUCCGAGCACACGUAGCCAAGAAACUGGGAGCCCUGUUGGACAGCUCCAUCACCAUCUCAGAAAUAGCAAAGGUGCCAGCAAAGCCCAAGGCACAGAAAUUCCCACCGGAGGAUGAUGGCUUCCGUCUUUUCUUCACCUCCCUCCCUGGAGAACCCGAGAGGAAAGCGUCCCCUCCACGACCCCGAAAGCGGCCACCUUCAAGCUCCAGCAGUGAGGACAGCGACCUAGAGCGACAGAGAUGCCGGGAGGCAGCCGUGUCCGCCUCCGACCUCCUCCAGGAGUCUGCAAUCUGCCGCCUUGGGCAGGUGGGGAAAGAAGCACAGGAGGAGGAGAAGAGGAAGAAGAAAAAGAAGCUGAAGAAAAAGGCCCAGGAGAAUGCCAACAUAGCUGCUUCUGUGGUCACAGAGGAUGAGGAAAAGGAGCCUGACAGACUCAACGGAAACCAGCCGGCCCCAAAAGUCAAAAAAAAGAAAAAGAAGAAAAAGGUCAGCAAGGCCCAUGAAGCCACCCCCGUCCCUUCAGCGAAGCGUGCACCAGCCGUGCCCACGACCUGAGUUCUUCUGCACGUUGCCUCUUGGACUAGAGGG